CUGAAUGCUAACCACCUGCGGACGAUCCGCCAAUUUUCCAUGCGCCAGACUCUUCGAACUUACGUGGAAUAACUGUUACCUCUACUAGGCGCUAGUAGCGUUGAAGUUCAUGGCGGCGACUGCGGCCGCAUCAUCCAUUUUAGUAGCCGGACCGCCUCCAAAGUCUUUCUCCCGAAAGACUUCUUCUUUUUCUUCUUCAGAACCAGCGACCGGAAGAAGGAGAAUCCCCGUACCCAGAUUCUCAAUUGGAGAACGCGGUAGGGAGCCCUGUAUCCCAGUGUCAUGCUCUGUGCCUGAUAAUAGUGGAAGCUUGAAUUGUUGUCCAAACCCGCCUCCCAUCCGUCGAAGAGAGCUAUUUUGGUCGUCCAUUGGGUUGUUUGCAGCAGCUGUUUACACUUCUAGAAGCAAUGGAGCUGCAUUAGCAUCUCAAUUUGCUGACAUGCCAGCAUUGCGGGGAAAGGACUAUGGGAAGUCAAAGAUGCGUUACCCCGACUACACAGAAACAAGUUCAGGUCUCCAGUACAAGGAUCUGAAAGUUGGAAGUGGCCCCAAUCCUAAGACGGGAGAUAUAGUGGUGGUAAGCUGGUUGACUGGGAUGGUUAUACUAUAGGAUAUUAUGGUCGCAUAUUUGAAGCUCGUAACAAGACAAAGGGUGGAUCUUUUGAGGGGGAUGAUAAGGACUUCUACAAAUUCAUAGUAGGGUCUGACCAAGUGAUUCCUGCAUUUGAAGAAGCCAUUAGUGGCAUGGCUGUGGGUGGCAUUAGAAGGAUCAUAGUUCCCCCUGAGUUAGGAUAUCCUGAUAAUGACUUCAACAAGAAAGGUCCAAGUCCAUUGACAUUUUCGGGUCAGAGAGCAUUGGAUUUUGUGUUGAGAAACCAAGGUUUAAUUGACAAGACACUGUUGUUCGAUAUUGAGCUCUUGAAAAUCAUACCAAGCUGAGGAAGAGCAUCAUCCACUUUUCACUAUAUGUAUAUAGUUGCAUGACUUGUAUCUAUUAGUAACAAUUACAUCUUCUACCGGAAAGAGCUGUCAUUGUUUUUAGAGUUAUCAAACCCUCCGAAGACAGUCAGAAACCCAUUGUAUAUAUUAUUUCUAGUUGAUUUACCCAUCUGUUGUUCACAAGAACAGUAGAAACCUUGAUAUAUUUUGAGCUUCAUUCCUGUUCAUUAACAGUCUAUUAUCAGAAAUGAUUGAACAAUGAAUUUUUAUAAAGAAACAAGGUUUGGUAAAA